AGUGGACGUUCUUCUUUUCUUCGGCGCUUCGCGCCAAUUCGCGUGUUCGGGGCUGGACGGCGUCCCCGCCGGCCGCGUUCGUCACCGCCGGUCGUCUUCGCCUGCUUCCUUCGUCGGGACCACCAGCCGCCGACAUAGCAAUGGCGACGAGGAAAUUUACCGAGGAUCAAACCAAGCGCUUGAUAAUUAGGCGUCAUGAACUGGAGCAUCUUUUCACUGGCAAAAGAAAUGCUGCAAAGCAAGGCUGGAUGAAAAUAAUUGAAGAUAUCGGCCUGCAUGGCGCCACGCCUGAACAGUGCCGAAAGAAGUGGCUGAAUCUGCUGAAGAAGUACAAGGAUUUAAAGAACCCGCCAAUUGGAGCUGGAAACGAAGAAAAUGAACUCUCGUGGCCCUUCUUCGAGCUCAUGGACACAGUGAUGUCAGGGAGGCCGAUCAUAACACCGCCGCGGCUGAUUGCGUCAGCGCUUGCCGAUGAAAGCACGGAAAACUCAGAGGAUGCAAAUGACCUGCAACCCUGGGAGGCAAAGAUGCAGAGAUGCGAGGAGACGCAGAAGAAAAACGGCGUCAUGGAGCGCAUCCUCACGAACGUCGAAAAACAAACGGAACUGAUGGCGAAGAUGUUCGAUUUUUUCAUGAGACGCGCCGAUGAGAACUAGCCACCUAAUUGCGGUUUAGACCAUGUAUGUUAUGCAACA